AUGCUCGAACCCCACGGUAGCCCAAUGAAGUGGCCGGGCACGGGUGGAGAGGAAGAGGCGGGCGAAGCAGGAUUGCAAAACGCGCGAGUGGCACAGACUCGCGCCCAAGACGACGCUGCAGUGCAUUAUGUGUUUCAACGCGAUAAUCAAGAGGGCGAAAUACCAUCAUUAGCUUCCAAACAACGCUGGGCUGUUGGUGAAGAUUCUAUUGCAGAGAAUCAAGAUAAAUGGAAAAACACACCCAUAACAAUGAAUAAUAUUCAACACGGCACUGUACAGCUAAAGAAUUCUCAGACAAACCAGCAACAAUUUAUUAAUCAGGCAAUAGCUUCAUCUGUUGGCACUCUUGCUAUGAAUCCUUCAGUUAUUGGAAGUCAUCCAGCACAUUUGACCACAAACAUGGUCCAUACACAAUUGGCACCAUUACAGAACCAUACAUUGGGCAAUAAUUUAACUAUACAGAAUAGUGCAAUGAUGUUGCCUCCUCUUCAAGGCAUGCAAAAUGCCCCACAACUAGGACAACAAGGCUUGUAUGAUAUUCAUCAACAUCAUGGAAAUCCUAUGCAGGCUAUGAAUGGCAUUGGCAAGAGUGCUGAGCAUCUCAUGUAUUUAAGCCAGGCUGGUAUGCUUGGACCUGGAACUAACCAAUUUUUACAACAAGGACAAAACCAACUUGGGCUCACACCUGUUGCUGCUAUUAGAAAUCAGAUUGCACCCGCUGCAAAAAAAUUAUGGGAUAAGGGCCCCGGUGCUGGAGGAGAUAGCAAAGGCCCACCACAUCUUCCUCCUUUGCAACUUAAUCCUGAACAGAUGUGGCGAGAUCCCACUUGGUCCGCUCAAGCAGUGGAACACAAUGUGGGAGUGCCGAUGAUGGGCACUCGUCGCGGGGUCGCGUUCCCCGGCGGCGACGCGGGCAGCAUCCUGUCCCCGCGCGACACCGCCGGCCUCGGUGUCAAGAUGGUGGAAUAUGUGCUCGGUGGAUCACCCACAGAAGCCGGCGGUGUGACGAGUGGGGGCGAGAAGGUGACUGGCGUGGUGGCGGGCCUGCGCAACAUGGUGCUGGACGAGCGCGCCGACGACAAGGCCGGCUCGCCCUUCGACAAGGACCUCCACGAGAUGCACGACCACGCGCCCAUGCCCAACGGCCUGCAUAAUGGACAGGAGGACGAUAAAGCUUUCAAUCGCACGCCCGGUUCGCGGCAGCCGUCGCCCGCAGAGGAGGAGGGCGGCGUGAACACGGUGAACAACGUGGGCGUGGGCGGCGUGGGCGUAGGCGUGGGAGUGGGCGUGCGCAACGGCGACGCGGCCAGCUUCCCGCUGCUGCCGCCGCACGCGCUGCCCGCACCGCAGCCGCAGCCGCUGCACCAUCUGCCCCACUUGCAGCACCCGCAGCAUCACCCUGGAAUGCUCGGCGUGGCGCCGCUGCAAGGCCUGCCGCACCCGCAACACCCACAAAUCCACCCUGGCAUGACACUCAACGACUCAAUGAAUCAACACAUCGAACUCGUUUUGCAAAUGGAACAGCAUCCGCAAUUUGAUAACAGCAGCUUUGCCAGCACACAACAGUACGGGGGCGGCGUGGGCAGCGUCGGCGGCGUAGGCGGCGUGGGCGUGGGCGCGGUGGGCGGCGCCAGCAGCGGCGUGGGCGGCGCCGGCCUCGUCAACGGCGCCUCCGUGGUGCAGCCCGCGCCCGACUCUACGCAGCACCACCAGCCCUUCGAGCUACAGGUUAGUCAUCUAAACCUCUACUUAUGCGCCGUGUCGCAGUUAUACCCUCCCUAUAGCCACGAAAAGGAUAUAAAAAAAAAUGUCACC